GUCCACAGACUUGAAGAACUCGAGAGCGAACUCAAUGUCAUUAUCAAUGAAACACAACACAAGAGGAAGUGGUCUCCAGAAGACUCAACAUUUAGAGAUAUUCCAAGACUUGGAUCAGAUGUCAACACACAUAAAGACCACAUGACUGUCGCCACCACUGAUUGGCCGCCAAUUGAGAGACAAACACAUGAUAUGAAUGAAGAUAUUAAUGGAUCAGAUAAUGACAUAAAGCCUGUACUGACACCAGAAAGUGAUGGCAUUUCAUUGUCUGCAACUCAAGAGUUGGCCGUCACUGACAGCCAUAACAAGACAUCGCUUGCCAUACAAUCGACAACAUCUCACAAACCAUCGGUUGAUAACAGCAAAGCCUUACGCGUAAAACGAGUGACCGUUGGAACAGCUUUGGUAUCACAACCGAUGACAACAACUGUUGGCAAUAAAUCCACUGUAAAAGCUAUGCCGAAGACUACUGACGCGUAUGAAUGCGAGGCCAGUCUUCGAGCGCACAACCAAUCGGUCGGACACUCGACGACAUCAACCGAAGAGAUUAGGCAACGAAUAGAUGAGACAAUUGUGUCAAACAGUGCUAUCAUUAAUACAUUAGCUGUCAAUUCGAAGUACACACCAAAUCAAUACACGAAACGUCAGCCAAAAUCUAUAAUCCCUUUGACUCAGAGAAUUGACAUCACUUUAAAUGAAGAGAUGAUAUCUAGGAAUGAGUUGGCCGUCACUGACAGCCAUAACAAGACAUCACUUGCCAUACAAUCGACAACAGCUUACAAACCAUCGGUUGAUUACAACAAAGCAUUACAAGUAAAACGAGUCACCGUUGGAACAGCCAAUCAUUACCCAAACAGUGUUGGCAGGAAUCCAUUGGCUGUCAAUACAAAGAAGUACCCGAAACUAUACCCCAAACUUCAGCCAAAAUCUACAAUCUCUUUGACUGUUCCGACCACUGUAUCGGCCAAUCCUCAGCCAAACACCGAUAAAAACCAAAUAUUGGUUGUGUUACCCAUUAAUCGAGUCACUACUGGAUCAGCUCUGAGACCGCAAACCACGACAGGUGUUGGUAAAGUAGUUGACACCAAAAGCCCUGUUUAUGUGUUGCCGAAGACUACUCAGGCGUUAAAUGCAAUCAAAAUAAGUGAUAAAACCGUAUUUUUAAGUCAAAUCAUUGAUUCCGUGAAUAAUAAUCAGCGCUUGAAUACUACGGGAAGCGUUCAAUCGGUGGUUAAAAGCUAUGACUUUCAGUACAAGUGUCCGACGGGCUGUGGAUACGGAGCCGAUGACAAGCCAUCACUCGUUGAACACAUGAAAAACAAACACAAAGACAUUCAAACUUUUGAAUGCAAUUCCAAUACGUGUCGAGAGAUGUAUACAACACUACCGGAGCUGAAGAGACACAUCACCGAAAAGCACUUAAUCAGGCGCUAUGUCUGCGAUCGGGGUUUCAAAACUGGAAGUAUUUUACGGCAACACUUGGAUGGCGUGCACUCGACCCGCGAGUAUCGGUGCGAUUGGCCCGACUGUCAGCACAGGACCCACACAAAGGCGUUGCUACGCGCCCAUAGGCUCACGCAUAGCGCGGACAAGCCAUUCAAGUGCCAGUGGCCGGGAUGUGACUAUAGGUGCAAAACACUUAGUCUCAUGUGUAGCCAUCGACGUAUUCACGCCAACCGGCAGUUCGCGUGCGAUUGGCCGCAAUGUGACCGGCGUUUUAAAACCAAAUCCAGUUUGAAGUUGCAUUCAGUGGUACACAAGGGUUUGGUACCGCCGGCGCCACAAUCGGCCGACAAAUCUUAUUUGUGCGCUCACGAGGACUGCGGCCAACGGUUCGCCACUAAACUUCAAUUUGAUAGUCACGUGAGAGCCGCGCACCCGACGGACCUGCCGUUUGGGUGCGAUUAUGAAAACUGUGACAAACGAUACAAAAAGAGAAAUGAAUUAUAUCGUCACAAAAAGUUGACUCACUUGACGGUCGGCCGUCAGUUCCGGUGCCCGGAGUCGGGCUGUGGCCGAGACUUCAGGACUGAUAAAGAAAUGAAGAGACACUUGAAUGACGUGCACUCGACCCGUGAGUAUCGGUGCGAUUGGCCCGACUGUCAGCACAGAACACAUACCCAGAAGCAGAUGAAUAAUCACCGACGCGUUCACAGCAACCAUAAGCCCUACGCGUGUGAUUCGCCCGGAUGUGAGUAUAGAGGCCACAGUCAUGGCCUUCUCAGGAGCCAUAAGAUGAACUGUCACACCGAGCCCUCGUUGGCAUGCGAUUGGCCCGCUUGUGAUUACAAGGGCCGCACUAAAUUCCAGAUUCAAUUGCACAGAAUGUCUCACACCGGCGAUAAGCCCUACGAAUGUGAAUGGCCCGGAUGUGAUUACAAGUGCAGCACUACGUCCAACAUUCAAGCGCACAGAAUGACUCACACCGGAGAUAAGCCAUACGCGUGUGUUUGGCCCGACUGUGACCAACGGUUUGCCAAAAAAAGUACACUUAAAAUACACGUGAGGACACAUUCGGCGCCGGAUAUUGAGUGCGAUGUCGACGGCUGUAAGUUUCGCACCCGAUAUAAGAAGACUAUAGCAUCGCAUAAAAGAUUAAUUCAUAAAUUGUUUGUU